AGGAAUCAGAUUCUGAUGAGGAUACACCUUGCCACAUAAAACUCAACCAUGACAUGACUCUUAUUAGCUGUCUUUUCGAUCCUCUCUUCAUUGCCACCACAUUCACGAAAACCUAGCCACUCCACUCCCUCUUCUCACUGUCCCUGCAUUGAAUGUACGUGAUAGUAGAACACACACUCAUCUACUAGUCUAGUAUAUACCAGCUCAUACCCCAUUAUUACACACACCCCAAAGUUCCUCCCUCUCUAUAUAAAUUCAAUGUUCUGAAACCAGGUUCCAAACACAAAGAAAAAGUGUUAAUUACUAGCUCCUACUAUCAUUUUUUCUCUUCAAUAUCAUGAUCUCAAGCAACACUUCAUUUCCUCCUAAACUUGACGACUACAUUGGCACUGAGAGCUGCUACGACCUGCAAAAUGAAAAUGAUAACAACAACGUCAUUGAUGUCAAGGACAAAUCCAAUGCUGAGAGCAGCAGCAUCAGGAAGUGCAAGGAGAAGAGAGUGUUCCCUCCUCCUAUUCCAUUCCUAGCACGGACCCAAAACUUGGCGUCUCACAUGCCGUGGGUUUUAAAGAGGUACACCACGAGCGAGGGAAGGUUGAUUCUGAAAGAAGAGAAGGUGAAGCGCCACGAGUACUUUCGCACGCACAGGGAGGAUGGUAGGCUCAUAUUGGAGCUUGUUCCUCUUGACGAUGAUGACUACUACUUGGAGAAAAAUGAAGAAGAAGAAUUAGAAUCACCAACAAGUUCACAUGAAGAGGUUGAUGUCGAUAGGUUUGAGGAUGAAGAAGAAUUUGAUAAUGAAGAAAAUAUUAAGGCUAGUGAUAAUAAUGUUGAGAAUGAGAAUGGUGUGGUGGUUGGUGGUGGUAGUGGUAGGUUGAAGUGUUUGAAUUACAAUAGUAUGAGAUCUUCUCCUUCUUGUAUUCUUAUUUCUUAGGACUUAGGGUGCUAGUGCAUCCUAAUUCCUACUAGAACUCUAGAAGGGUUCGUGGUUGAUUUAUUUAGCCAAUCAAGUUAAUCUGAU